AUGGCUCACAGCUUCGUUACCGAUGCAAUGGUUAUUUCAUCUUUUUCUACUCUUGAAGCUUUUCCUGAGAGAUUAUCUGAGCUCAAAAGAUUAUUUUCAGGUCUAUUCGACAUUGUUGAUUGCUAUAUAGGGAAUCUCUGCAAAAACUCGGCAGUGUAUCACCUCUUGUUGUUGCUGAUUGAGGACUUGAGCUACUCUCUGCUUAAUUUGAUCUUCUGUGUUUUGGUGACAUUUGUGUUAUAUAUUACUACUGGGCGCAGUUCCUCGGAUAAGAGUUCUUCUUUAAAGCCUCAUGUCUCAGGAAAUCUUAUGAGACAUCAUUGCAGAGAGGUUGGGCUUCAUGCUAGUGUUUGGAGAUCUCCUGUGGAUUCCUUUCACUUCACUUUUAGCAUUCAGGGAUGGUGGCUUUUGCACUACAAAGUAGAACUAACAGUUCCUGCUAUAGUAGCCAAUUGCUUUGUGUUCUUGAUAGGGUAA